AUGGAGAUAAACCGAGCGAUACUGGAAGAGAACGAGGCGUCCGACGAGGACGGCGCCGGUGAGGAAGACGACGACGGCGACAUUAUUGUGUACGACGACGGGGAGGAGGAGGAGCUGCCGCCAGUACCGGUGGAGGAGAAGGAGCCCGCUGUUGUUGGUCCACGCACCAGGAACAGGCCGAGAAGACGAGUGUAA